CAAAGAUGCAUGUUGUCAAGCUUGCCUUCAGUUGUGUUCUCAAUGAAUUGAACCCAUCGCAUUGUUCAGAAGUUUAGACCCAGCGUUCUUUAUUGUGGUACAUUCUGAUCGUUAUCAGACACUAGUCUGUUGGGAUAUAACAAAUACAAGUGAUAGCGUUCAUACUAUGUUUAGUCAACUCCAAGACAAACCGCCUUACAUGGAGUCCGAAAACAAGAGUUUCCAACCGUGGCGUGACUACAUGAAGCUAGCUGACCUAGUGCGGGAGAUGCAGUUAGGCAAGUUCACCCCAGAACCGUUAACCGUUGAGGGUCAUGACUCCGGGAUAUGCUCGACCAUGGUGGAAUUUGAAGAGUUCCCGCCGCGAGCCUUGCUGUCACCGAUAACACCUGCGGCGACACCACCACUAUGGCACGAAAUGGAACCCCUGGAUUCCGAAAUCGUCCCCGUGCGUAAAGACGCUGCUUUACGUCCGAGCAGCACCGAGGGUCCCGAGCCCCCUACAGCGGCGUCUAGAUCCUCGGCGGGUACCCGGGGCCAGAGGGAGAGAAAGAAGGCGCCGGAGGAGGUGUCAUCACCUGAGCGCAAGAUCUGCAGCUUCUGUAAACACAACGGGGAGUCAGAGUCUGUGUUUGGGUCCCACAAUCUAAAGGACCAGGAUGGGGGCGUGGUGUGCCCGUACCUGCGGCAUUAUAUCUGCCCUCUCUGCGGGGCCACUAAGGCCCAAGCCCACACCAAGCGCUUCUGUCCCCGGGUCGAAACCACCUACAGCUCUGUCUAUGUCAAGUGAUAGAAGCGCUAACUCUGGUCCAGGCAGUUACUGCGCUACCCUCUAGACUAACUGAGGCAACUUGUUGUUGCGAGAUGGGUGGGACCAGAGCUAGAGAAGCGCGGAAGAGACUGUUCAGGCUGUUGUGUUUGCGACUUCCUUUAGCGUCUCAUGCGCACUGUAUGCGGACAAUUGUAAGAGGAUUUAGGUGUGGAUAUUUAGCUUAGACGCAGUUUGGAAUAGACUGACUAGUUUGUAGACUGUGUAAUAGCCUGUUAGUCGUGUGAUUUGUUUAAUUUACUGCCUUUACUUUUUUUCGUGUGUUUUCAACUAUUGUAGCUUAUUUCUAUGUAUUUAUGACGUGUUGUUUUUGAUUAUUUGCGUGCACGUGUUCUUCACAACACAUUUUGGGUUUGAGUUUUCUGUUUUUACUUUAAAGUGUAAAUGUCUGUCUGUGACCAAACUAACUGCUUCUUUACAUGUUGGUAUGAGAUUUUGUAAAACCUCAACCUCUUACUGUGUCGCUAACUGAACCGCCAUUAUCAACAAACUCUCACUGCAGAAUUAGACGUUUAUCCACGUUUCUCCCUGCUACUUUGGGGAGGAAAAAACGGAAGUGUUGUCUUGUUUUGAAACUUGCUUUCCUGACUUUAAAACGACAUGCUCUAAUCUAACUACAUCUGCAAAUCUACAGGCCUAAUAUCACUAUUAUAAGAACAUCACUAUUGACAACAACACAACUGCUAGUUUAUGACGUGGUGUGCAGAGCUCCUUUGUAUUUCUCAUUUACCGUGCUAGCUACAAUUUUAAACUGUUAUACUUGUAUUUUAAUUACUUUAAUAGAUCUAGAAGUGUUAUUUUUUUUUAUUUUAAAUUUGACUUUUCAACCUCGAUGCACCUUACAUUGGCUGUACAGGACUUUAAUGUUAAAUCUAAUCUCACUUUAAAGAACCUUUUGUUUAAAUAGUAUGUUUGUUUAUUAUUAUGCAUGUCUUCUAUAAUAAUAACAAUAAUAUCUGUA